AUGGACGUCAGCUUUGAUCCGGCGGGCAAUAGCCGCACCUAUGGCGAGGCCUGUGUCAAUUCUCUAGACACCCAUAUGGCGGAACUUGCGGUAGUCAAGAAGCCAGAUAUUCGCGAUUUUCAGGACAAAGUGCUUGCCGUCGUCAAGUUUCCGUUCGAGGGCUACCUCAAGGCGGCCUGCGAUGGCGACCCAUGGCCCGAUGUCCAGCUUCGCAUGAACUAUGAAAAGCUCAUGGGGCUGGGAUCCAAGACGAUUCAGGACAUGUUCACGCCCCGGGCCCAGGCCCGUUUCCGCCGCCAUCUUGGUUUUGAGCAGAGCUUGCCCGAGGGCAUCGAAUACGUCCUGGACUUUACGCCCCCCUCUGAGGGACCCGAACUGGCCGACCUCACCGCGGCGCUCUGGCUUCCUCGCGUUGUCAAGCUCUGGUUCCUCGCUGGCCAAUACAUACCCGAUCCGAUCGUGGCGGACGGCAUCGGCGUGCAAAACCGUCCGUUAGCCGACAAGGCCGUUGGUGGCAUCCUCACGCUCGGCCAUGAUGAUGUGUGCAAAGGCGUUGGAUGUAUCGCGAACUAUGCGGACUGGCAAGCCCGGCCUUUGGGUGAGCUUCCCGGUAUUGUUGAGAACCCUGUCGGUACGCGGCACUUCCCCCCCUGGCGCGACGUGGAAGACUACUGCCCGAUCCGGCACCGUGCCGCCAUUGUCCGUGUGCUCAACGCCAUCAACGGGGAGAGUCUUCUCUUGAACUCGGCGGUGCGUAUGUGGACCGUUGCCCAGGUGGCCAUCUCCCUCGAGAUACCCCAAGUUGUGGUCGACCCCGUCACGCAGUGGCUUGUGGCGCCGCCCAACACCAAGUUCAUUGAGAUCUGCCCCGAGAGGGCCUACCAACUGGCGCGCGCGCUCAAGAUCCCUAGUGUUCUUACCACGUCGUUCAAGAUCCUCGUCAACGAGCUCGCCGUGGACUACGCUUCUUCGCGGCCCGUGACACGGCCGCCGCCGUUGACCUGGGCCCAACGUCGCCGAGAUGACUACGGCGACCACCCGUCCGACCCCAUCGAGUACGCUAGCCGCGCACUGGCAGAGCGGAUGCAACAGGCCCUCCAGCUCCUCCGAUCGGAAGACUUCUUCACCCGCCUAGCGGACCCCAUCAACCAGUGGGAGUGCCUCCGAGCGUACGGGACCGUCAUCGAGGUCCUCAGCCCUGACACCCCUCUGCGGGUCGUCUACAACGACCUGGUUAAAGGCCUUGUCUCCAGCUUUUCGGAUUUGAUAGAAAGUGCCCUGUACCCGGAGUCGCUUGAACAAAAGUCCAUCAAGAACCCUACCGCUAUGCUCGAAGCCCAGCGGGAUCACUACGUUUCCGAGGCCGGGCGCCAGCCCCUCUUCAGCCUCUACUCGCGGCUCACCGACCACCAGAAGCUCCUUACACCCUUUUUCUGGGACCGGCUAUCGCGGUUCCCGGAGCGCCGCGGGUUCACUUUGUCCCAUUAUGACGGCACCACGCUGCGUAUCCUUGCCGAAAACUUCAACGUCGAACUGACCUACGCGCUGCGGGACCCGGAGGGCAUCGCCGACCUGACUGAACGUGAGUUUGUCACCGCCAUGCGACUCGUUUCAUGCGCCACAACCAACCGCGACAACGUCGUCGCCGCGCUGGCCGAGUUCAACAUAGACCACUUUUACCACGAGUUCUGCGCUUCGGUCAAAUCGUUCUGCGCCCAGUACCGCCCAUCGCACAACUAUGGCAAUGAGGAGCAUGACAAUCCCAUUCCCCUGUACUUGUCGGACCACCUGCUACUGUCACUAAGCGAGAAGGAAAUGAACUACCUCCCCAUCUGGGCUAACGGCCUCGACGAUGGCUCCGGUGGUGUCUUCCAGGAACCUGUCCCGCCCGCCGAGAUGGGUCCCAGCGAGCCCGGCCCGGGCUACCACACUGGGUAUACCAUCCCCACAGGCACCGCCAUGACCGAAACCGACCCCGACGGCGGCGCGACCGACAACAGGACGGUCUCGGGCGUCCAGCGAUACGACGAUGUUGUCUCCACCAUCGCGCCAUCCGACCUCGGCGUCGGCGACCUACGUAUCGCCAGCAGCACCGCCAGUGCCAGCCUCAUUAGCGGCGGGGGCGGAGGCGGAAAGAGUAGGACGGAUGACUGGGUGAGCGCCACGGCCGGACGCAGCGUGGAUGUCCAGCACAGCGGGACGGAGACCUCCACGGCCACGACGAGCAAGACAACCGGACGCAGCAGCUUGGCCACGCCAUCAGAGGGCGCGUUCACCGCGGGUGACGAAGAAGAUAGGAUGUAUGCGGACGCGCGGUAUGCACAGCCGGCGGCACAUCAGGCGCAGGGACAGGCGAUUGAGCAGUAUGUGCAUGAGGUGGAUGGGGAGAGCCGAGAGGGGGGGAGUAAGAAGAGUGCGGGAGGGGAUAGUGAGGAUGAUGGGGAGUUGGUGUGGGAUUCGGAUGAGAUGGAGGUGGAUUUGGGGUUGGAUGAUGAGGACGAUGAUGGGAGUUCUACGUUGGAUGGGUUUGAGGAGGUGGAUGCUGAGGUACGGUGA